ACUCACCAAAUUUUUGGCUCACCAAAUUUUUGGCUCCAUAGUCCUAAAAUUUGCCGCUCUUACAAUUUCUUUUACCAAGCAAAAAUAAAAGAGCAGCAAGCUUUUACCUUUCUAGCGAAAUCCACUUUCUUCGUUCCCAAAAAACUCCCCGACUCGCGAAUUUGCCACUAGGUCUUCCACCCACCAACAAACGGCGUUUGCGAUGGAGAUCAAUUUCAAAGAAGGAGGUAAGAGCAAUAAGAAGACGCAUAUCAUAUGGCUUCAAGUUCCAACUCCAUGAAAUCUAGUAUCAACAAGCAUCCACUUUCCCUGUCCAGAAUCGUUCAAUUCAAUUUGACGUUGAGUUUCAUUGGUCGAUCUUCGUUUCCGCUAAUUGGAGUGAGUGGUUUCUUCCAUCGGUCGAAGGGAAGGAAGUUUGGGAAAGCUAGAGAAUUUAGUGCAGUGCAUGUGAUGCAGCAGCAGCAGGACCUCAAGAAGAUGAAGAGUAGUCGAGUCAAGUACUGCAUUAUUGUUGGAGUAGCAUAUUGGUCAUUAUAGUACUGCAAGUUGCUAGAGGCAAGAUGGAACUCUGAAACUCUAGAGUGUAGAUUCAAGAGUAGAUGGAUAUUGUAGCAGUUAGGUCUAAUUUUGAUUUUGUUUUUCUCGGUUCAAAGUUUGGUAUUGUUUUGUCUUGUUAUGUGUUGAUUUUGAUGCUUGUUGAUUGUGGUUGUGUUCAUACUUCAUUUGUUUGGUUUUUGGGCGAUGGUGUAUGUGGUUGCUUUAUGUUUGUGUUUUAAUCAAGAAUGAAUGAAAGGGAUAAGACUACAAAUUAAAAGGU